AUGAAGUUCACCUCCACGAUCAUGGCCACCGCUGUUCUGGCUGGCACAUCUCUUGCUGCUCCCCGAGCUGGCCUGGCCGAGCGUCUGCAGGCUCGUGGCGUCCUUUCGCACCAGUCGAACCCCUCAGAUCGCAAUGGCGUUUUGCUCAAGGAGGGAUCCGAUGGAGCCAACGUCGAAUACAGCAAGAACUGGGCCGGUGUUGUGCGUGAGCAACCUCCUGCCAGUGCUACCUACACUGCGGUCUCUGCUACCUUCACCGUUCCCGAGCCAACAGCCACCGACGACUCUGGUAACAUGCAGGCUGUAUCCGCCUGGGUUGGUAUUGACGGCGAUACCUAUACCCAGGCCAUUCUGCAGACCGGUAUCGAUGCCUACAUUCAGGAUGGCCAGAAGAGCUACGAUGCCUGGUAUGAGUGGUACCCCAAGAAUGCCGAAAACUUCGACAUCGGCUUGACAGCCGGCGAUGUUAUUGUCGCCAAGGUUGAAUCAUCCUCACCCAGCCAGGGUGUUGCUAUCAUUGAGAACAAGUCCACCGGUCAAAAAGUGACCAAGACUCUAACUGCGCCCUCCACAUCUGCCACUCUCGGUGGCCAGAAUGCCGAAUGGAUUGUUGAGGACUUCAACUCUGGCGACAGUAUGGUCCCCCUCGCCAACUUUGGCAAGGUUGAUUUCACUGGUGCACAGACCGAGGCCGAUGGUGCCAGCUAUGGUGUCAAUAAUGCGGCUAUUCUGGAUAUCCAGCAGGGCGGCUACGUUAAGGCUCAUGUCAAGGUCCUCAGUGACACUGAGUUCUCUGUCAGCUACGAGUGA